CGCAGCCUCCCCAGCCCCACCGCGCGCGAGGCGGCCUCCAUGUACGGCACUGCAGUGGCCGUCUUCCUAGUCAUCCUGGUGGCUGCGCUGCAGGGUUCGGCGCCCCCCGAGAACCCCUUCCCCUACCGUAUCCCCCUGGACCCCGAGGGGACCCUGGAGCUGUCUUGGAAUGUCAGCUACGCCCAGGAAGCCAUCCACUUCCAGCUCCUGGUGCGGGACCUCAGAGCUGGCGUGCUGUUCGGCAUGUCCGACCGCGGCCAGCUGGAGAACGCCGACCUCGUCGUGCUCUGGACUGAUGGGGACAGAGCCUAUUUCGGGGAUGCCUGGAGUGACCAGAAAGGGCAGAUCCACCUGGAUUCCCAGCAGGAUUACCAGUUGCUGCGGGCACAGAAGACGCCGGAAGGCCUAUACCUGCUCUUCAAGAGGUCCUUUGGCACCUGUGACCCCAAGGAUUACUUCAUUGAGGAUGGCACAGUGCACCUGGUGUACGGGAUCCUGGAGCAGCCGAUCCCGUCGCUGGAGGCCAUCAACACAUCGGGCCUGCAGACGGGGCUGCAGAGGGUGCAGCUACUGAAGCCCAACAUCUCAGUGCCUGUGCUGCCCGAUGACCUGAGCACCAUGGAAGUCCGCAGCCCCGACAUCCUCAUCCCCGGUCAGGAGACCACAUACUGGUGCUACAUCAUUGAGCUCCCGGCCGGCUUCUCAAGGCACCACAUUGUCAUGUACGAGCCCAUCGUCACCACGGGCAACGAGGCCCUGGUCCACCACAUGGAGGUCUUCCAGUGUGCCGCCGAGUUCGAGAGCUUCCCCCGCUUCAACGGGCCCUGUGACUCCAAGAUGAAGCCGGAACGGCUCAACUACUGCCGCCACGUGCUGGCCGCCUGGGCCCUGGGUGCCAAGGCAUUUUAUUACCCCGAGGAGGCUGGCCUGGCCUUCGGGGGCCCUGGCUCCUCCAGAUUCCUCCGCCUAGAGGUUCACUACCACAACCCUCUGAAGAUCCAAGGCCGGCGGGACUCCUCUGGCAUCCGCCUGUACUACACAUCUUCGCUGCGGCGCUUCGACGCGGGCAUCAUGGAGCUGGGGCUGGUAUACACGCCGGUGAUGGCCAUCCCCCCACGGGAGCCCACCUUUGUGCUCACGGGUUACUGCACGGAUAAGUGCACCCAGCUGGCGCUGCCGCCCUCGGGGAUCCACAUCUUUGCCUCGCAGCUGCACACACACCUGACGGGGCGGAAGGUGGUCACUGUGCUGGCCCGGGGCGGCCGCGAGAAGGAGGUGGUGAACAGAGACAAUCACUACAGUCCCCACUUCCAGGAGAUCCGCAUGCUGAAGAAGGUGGUGUCGGUUCACCCGGGAGACGUGCUCAUCACGUCCUGCACGUACAACACAGAGGACAGGGAGCUGGCCACUGUGGGGGGCUUCGGGAUCCUGGAGGAGAUGUGCGUCAACUACGUGCACUACUACCCCCAGACGCAGCUGGAGCUCUGCAAGAGCGCAGUGGACCCCGGCUUCCUGCAGAAGUACUUCCACAUCGUGAACAGGUUCAACAGCGAGGAUGUCUGCACCUGCCCACAGACCUCUGUCCUGCAGCAGUUCGCCUCUGUCCCUUGGAAUUCCUUCAACCGGGACAUGCUCAAGGCCCUAUACGGCUUCGCCCCCAUCUCCAUGCACUGCAACAAAUCCUCAGCCGUCCGCUUCCAGGGUGAGUGGGAUCUGCAGCCUCUGCCUGAGAUCAUCUCCACUCUGGAAGAGCCCACCCCGCAGUGUCCAGCCAGCCGGGCCCAGGGCCCCAGCGGCCCCACUGUGGUCAGCAUUGGCGGGGGCAGAGGAUGA